AUGCUCUACAACGAGUCCCCGGAUACGCUCUUCCAGCCAAAGAGCGCGGUUGAUCCGACAGGCUAUGGCAAAGUCGCUCUCGUGACGGGCUGCGGUUCGGGCAUUGGACUUGCAACCACGCAGCUACUCCUGGCGCAUCAGUUCCAAGUCUGCGGGCUCGACAUCAACGCAUUCGACUACGACCUGCUGCGGCUCGCGGACCAUGGCCGUUUUCACUUUCACAAGGGCGACCUCACGGCGCCGGGGGCAUGCGAGGAGGGCGUGCGGAUCUGCCUUGCGACGUUUGGAUCAAACAUCGACGUUCUGGUCAACGUUGCCGGCGUCAUGGACAACUUCAGCAGUGCGGAUGGCGUGUCUGACGAGAUGUGGGCGAGGGUGCUGGAGACAAAUCUCACUGUGCCAGUCAGGAUGAUGCGCGCUGUUAUUCCCUUUAUGAGGGCAAAGCAGGACGGUGUGAUCAUCAACGUGGCGUCGACGGCGGCGCUCAGUGGUGCCAUCGCGGGUAUAGCAUAUACGGCAUCCAAGCACGGAUUGCUUGGAGCGACAAAGAACGUUGCCUGGAGAUUUCGCAACGAGGGGAUCCGCUGCAACGCCAUCCUGCCGGGCUCGAUCGAUUCCGCUAUCGGCAAGGCGAUUGCAGAGGGCGGAAAGGAGAGCUGGGACGCGAGCGCUUACGCAGAGGUUGCGCCUGUCCAUGCGUUACAAACCAAGUCACGCAAGAUAACGCCUCUCGAGGUGGCCAAGACGGUUGUAUUUCUCGCCAGCAACGAGGCAAGGACGAUCAACGGCGUCAGCUUACCAGUUGAUCAGGCAUGGAGCGUAGUCUGA